UGGUGGUUUGAGUUAACUAGGGCUUGAUCUGGAAAGUCUUAGUCAGCCUAUUUAUUUGCUAGCGUCCUCUCCGGAGUCUGUCUGGACUUAACCACCUUCAUCCUCCGUAUGAGUCUUCAAUAUCAAAGACAUUCGAUGUUGAUCUCUUUUUUGUUCUCUAUAUGGGCCAUUUUCAUCAUAGCUAACAAGAUAGUCUUCGAGCGAUCUGUGUUACACCUCACCGCUGACAACUUACCCCAUAUGUGGUUUCUUGUGACAUUUGUAACCACCUACCACUUCCUGUAACCUCAUCGAGUCCAUAUCGAUUCGUGGACUCUAUGGUCUCAAUUAUAGUGUCCGGGAAUAGCUUAACAUGAAAGAUUUUACCGUACACAUCUAUCAGGAGGCGUUGAUCACUAGCAUCGACCUUAUGAACGGUGAUCGAGAGGCCUUGUGACAGGAUUUACGUCGACAUGGCUUCCUGCGUUACUCAGUUUUUACAUAGUCGGGUGCUUCCAGAUCCACCCAUCGCGUUGGAUCUUGGUGGUUAUUUGUCCCCAACUAUUAUGAUUUUCAUGCCAUACGACGAGUUUCCUGGCCCUCGCGCUCUACAGGGCUGGUGCCGUUGCAAAUAUUGGAUGAUUAUUGUGCAUGUACAUGUACAUGUGCUUCUCACAUUGCUCGAGGCUCCAAGUUUGUGUGCUGAGUUCUUGAUAGGUAGCACUGAGCAGUGAUAUCUUUCCAUGGACAGUGAGUUUCUUGUUUUUGUGUGGGGAAGAAUCGCAGCUCUCGAGCUGGGGAUCAACGAGAUCUAGCCGUUCUCCCUCCACAUUUACGAUGUGUCAGUGUCUCUCUUCUCCGCUUUUGAUCUGGCGGAGAUAUGCCAUCUCCCAAUAGCUUGAAGCCACAUGAAGGAUAUUUUGAAGGAAUGGUCAUUUCGCCUCGUUCGCCAGUUUUAAAACCCUGCCAUUGGUGUUUUAUAGGCAUAAGACUUGUGCUCAGAGUGCUGUAGAUAGCAGCACAUCUACCUGCUACCCCACGUAGCAGGAGGCCAGCAAGGACUUUACCAGAAGGAAGUUGACGACUACAACAUGUACCACCAUCUCUGAGUUAUCCAAUUGAACAUUUUAAGAUACUCCCCUAACAUUCCCAGCGUCUUCCAAGUACAUACAUUCAGGACUGACUAACCAAACCCUUUUACACACUAUAAGUGGGAUCGGCUAUUACUUUCUUCCGAGAGUCCAGGUCCAUACUCUUGGUACACCUUGGUUGGUUUAUUAUUGAGAAUCAUAUCAUACGAAAUGGUUUUCUAAGAAUCAUAGACUUAAAAACGAGAUAAUUGUACCAGCCAAUAUCCACAUUGUCAUCCAACUAUGAUCAACGCAAUUCAGAACCUGAACACAGUGCUCUCUCUACGUGUCACAGAAAUUAGAUUUAGUUGACAUCAGGAUCGGAUAGUCGCGUUUCUCAGCAGCUAUUACCGCAAGUUGAGCCCAGAUGCUGGGUGCAUCGUCAUGCCUAGUCUUUCUAGGGUCACACCUUAACUGCGGCCGUCUCUAUAUAAAGGGCAGCACAACCUCCCUGUUGGCCCUCUUUUCUUCAAGUCACCACCGGGUUCAAUCAUCUAUCUGAUCACAUAUCAAACAAGCAAAACAUAUUUUUGUGAUUAUUGCCUUUACUUCAAUACUCACCGUAUACUUUCUGAUAUACUCAUACUCAGGCAUUCAAGAUGGUUUGCAUCAAUCAGAUUUUUCAAUUCGCUAUCCUAGGCGCUGGCCUUGCUGCUGCGAAUCCCAUUCCCGGGGGUGACCACUACCGGGAAAAAGAGCCCAAAACUGUCACAGUGACCGAGUAUAAGAUCGAGUAUAAGACGGCAUUCAAACCUGUCACCGAGUUCAAAGAGGUCACCAAGUUCAUCACUGUGAACCAUCCCGUCACCCACUGGAAGACCAUGACGAUAACCGACUAUCCCAAGCCCGUAACUAAAACCGACUACAAGCCGGUGACUGUUGUCCAAACUAAGGCUGUGACUAUUACUGCUGUCAAGGAGGUCAUUGUUACCAAGACGGCCAUCAAAGAGAAGCCCGUCACGCAUUUCCAUACCAUCACCGUGCCAGGGAAGCCCGUGCCUGUGCCGACCACCAUCGCUAAGGUCCACACCGUCACCGGCAAGUGUGAUGAACCAAAGAAGUACGAUGACGGAAAGAAGGGCGAUGGAAACUAUGGAAACGAUGGAAACGAUGGAAAAGAUGGAAAAGAUGGAAAAGAUGGAAAGGACGAAAAGGACGAAAAGGACGAAAAGGACGAAAAGGACGACGGCUACAAGGGGUACGACACCCAUGGCGAUUAUUAGCUGCAGCUCACUAUCUACAUGGUAAAUUCCAUCCCUCGCCUCGCCAGCAAUACACCAAACCUGCCAAGUAUCCCGCAGCUAAUAGAGUGCCUACCAGGUAUACCAUGAAUUCUGCUAGCCUUUGGGAAAGCAAAAUCGUAAGGUAAAUGAGGGAUCAGAACCCAACCGGGAAACGCGCCCUAUACCAAAAGAAAAAUAUAUUUGGGUCAUGGUUCGGGAGGUGGAAAUGGGAUCAAUAUUCAGCCUUCACUGCCCUCCCUCUCUAUGUUCCUUAUUUCCUUAUUUUAAUUUCUCUAAUUUCCUUACUUCUACGAACGAUUGACCAAUUUUCCAUCCUUAUUCAGCCUAACUCAUGCCUGUCCUUUUUGGACAAAUGUUUUUUAAUGACAAGAAAAAGUCGAACGGGGAAACUUGCAAUGCUUACCCCGCUGCAAUAACCACCCUAAUGAUCUCUCUGUUUACAUUUUUUUCGGUUGCGACUCUAUCCCUAAUUGGCCCCCCAAAAAACACAUGUAUUAAUUUUCCUUCCCCUUUGACUACUUCUCUCUUUCCCUCUUUCUAAUGUUUUGGGAAUUCCUGCAUUACGAUAUGGCAUUUCACGUCCAGACGUUUUUAUCCCCCUGACACGAUCAGAUGAGACACGGUGAUAUUGUUCCUGGUUACAAGGGUAGCUGGGAUGGAGGGGAAGAAGGAAUGGUAAAGAGAGAAGGAAGGGCUCCGGAGGGCCUAAAAUCUUUGUGUUAUCUGUUUCUGAUUUGAAACAAGUCGAUCUAUAGAUUCGAUUUUGUUCUAUUCAUAUUGAUUAGCUUGUGGUGCUCCACUUCAACAGCUUUUAAGAAAUUUGUGGUCUAUUUUCAUUCUGAUUUUCCCUAGAUGUGCUAUUGCCAUUCUUCUACCAGAGAUUGACUGUCGUCUUCUUGUUAUUCGAUUCGUGGUGGUCAUUUUAAUAUGAGAUUUCAACUUAAGCCAUGAAUGUUUGAAUCAAAUAUGCGGAACCUGCACCUGGGACUCGUAGCAUCUAGUCAAUUUUAUUUAGCCACAUGGUCUUCGGCGAGUCACUAGGUAGGUAACGUUAAAUGUUGACUUACUCGAGAUUUUGGACGUCCACAGCCGCAUAUCUUUUCAUCAAUUUGCUCAUCAAAAUCAAUUCUCAGCUUCAUACCCCGUAAAUUAACUAUUUAAAUGGUGGUUAGACUUGCUAGUAGUGAGUUGACAGGAUGAUGUUUCCGUGUAUGUUGCUCCAUCCGCCCUCCAAUCCUCUG